ACUACUUUAUCCUUUCCAAAAAUAUGGAAUCCAUUGGCUCUAGUUCCACCCCUUCUUCUUCUUCCGACCACCACCACCACCACCACCGUCCUCGCCGCCGCUUAACGCCAACUCAACCCCUCGCCGAUAGAAUAUUCCGAGCUCUCAGCCACCACCUCCGCCUUCUCCACCGUUGUGACGCCACUUUUUUCGUCUUAGGUGCCACGUGUAAUGUCUACACCGUGACUCUCUCCACCACCCCUUCAUGCAGCUGCCCUGAUCGUACCACCCCUUGCAAACACAUAUUGUUUGUGCUUAUUAGGGUAUUGGGUGUAUCCAUUGAUGACACGUGUCUCUAUAGAAGGACUCUUCGGCCAUGUCAGCUUCAGCAUCUUCUUAACUUACCUAUUUCAACUGAAGCAUUAGCAACCGAAAAAAUACGUGGAAUGUUUCAUCAUCUGUUUUCUCAAGAAUGGCGCCAAAGGACUUCGCCCAUACAAAUAAAGGUCGAAGAUGGGACCACGUGUCCGGUGUGUUUGGAAGAGAUGAACAAAGAAGAACAAGUUGCUGCUUGUGGGACAUGUAAAAACCCUAUACAUGAAAAGUGUUUAAUGGCAUGGAAAAGAAGUAGUAGAAAAAGAUUUAUUAGUUGUGUGCUUUGUCGUGCACGUUGGAAAGAUGUUAGGGCUGAAGAGGGAGAGAAAUAUUUGAAUUUAUCUGUAUAUAUUAGUGGGGUAAAUGAAAUAUUGGAGGAAAAUCAAAGUCGUUGUAGGGAUUAAUUAAUUAUUAGUGUAGUUUUUACAAUCAAAGUCGUUAUGUACUAAUUUGUUUACUUAUUUAAGUUGUUGGAUAGGAUGUGAUUAUUACUGUAUAUAAUUUCAAAAGAAAUUCAAGUAUUUGGGUACGUAAAUUUCUUGAUCAAGAG